CCUACGGCGAGUCGGAGGUAGCAAGAUGGCGGCCGCGGAGGAGGACUGUGGGGUCGGGGCCGGAGCGGAUAGGGAAUUGGAGGAGCUUCUGGAAAGUGCUCUUGGUGAUUUCGAUAAGGCCAAACCCUCCCCAGCACCCCCUCCUACCACCGCAGCCCCUGAUGCUUCGGGGCCCCAGAAGAGAUCGCCAGGAGACACUGCCAAAGAUGCCCUCUUCGCCUCCCAAGAGAAGUUUUUCCAGGAGCUGUUCGACAGCGAGCUGGCUUCCCAAGCCACGGCAGAGUUCGAGAAGGCAAUGAAGGAGCUGGCUGAGGAAGAGCCCCACCUGGUGGAGCAGUUCCAAAAGCUCUCAGAGGCUGCUGGGAGAGUGGGCAGUGAUGCAACUUCCCAACAAGAAUUCACUUCUUGCCUAAAGGAGACACUAAGUGGACUAGCCAAAAAUGCCACUGAUCUGCAGAACUCAGGCAUGUCAGAAGAGGAGUUGACCAAGGCCAUGGAAGGGCUGGGCAUGGAUGAAGGGGAUGGGGAAGGGAACAUCCUCCCCAUCAUGCAAAGUAUCAUGCAGAACCUACUGUCCAAGGAUGUGCUGUACCCAUCACUGAGGGAGAUCACAGAAAAGUAUCCAGAAUGGUUACAGAGUCACCGGGAAUCUCUACCUCCAGAGCAGUUUGAAAAAUAUCAGGAACAACACAGUGUCAUGGGCAAGAUAUGUGAGCAGUUUGAAGCAGAGACCCCCGCAGACAGUGAGGCCACUCAGAAGGCUCGUUUUGAGACAGUGCUGGAUCUUAUGCAGCAGCUACAGGAUUUGGGCCAUCCUCCAAAAGAGCUGGCUGGGGAGAUGCCUCCUGGCCUCAACUUUGAUUUGGAUGCCCUUAAUCUGUCGGGUCCACCAGGUGCCAAUGGCGAACAGUGUCUGAUCAUGUGAAACACAACACGUUUCCUCCCUGAUUCCCAGCCAUCUGGGAACAUCUGGAGUCAGCAGAACCACUGGGAACUGAGGCAGGAGUGCCGUCUACAGGAGUGAUCAGCCCACUGCCCUCUGUCAUCAAGAUUGUGCCAUACCACCUGAGGCUUUUUCUCUGUCUUUCUAGGAAUAAGACCUGUUCUGCGGGCCAUUUCUGUGAGCCCUUUCAGUAAUGGUUUCUGCUGCUAGCAAAGGCCUGAGUACCUAUCAGGUGGAGGAAGGCAUCUCUUUUGGGGCAUGCAUCUUCUUCUGUCUCCCAAAGUAAUGUUCUCUCUGGCCACACUGGUGUACCCAGGGCCUUUGUACCCAGGGCCUUUGUGCCUUGUCUCUGCUCCCUUCUUUUGGACCUGGGGAGCAGAGACAGAGUCCUGGGACUCUGUAUUUCUAAAGUUCUUUUGUGCAGGGUCUUCGGGAAUGAAUGGGGAGAAACGGCCUAGACUGGAGUUAUAGGUCUGUCACUAUGCCCACUUACCUUCAGACAGACCUUUCUGAAUUCUCUGAAAGGAAAGGAAGUAGGGUAUCACUUCAAAUUUGUCCCUGCCUCACUGUUUUGCUAUAGGCAAGUUUAAAUAGUAGGGUGUUUGCAUCUAAACACAGUAGGAUUGAAAGAGAAGCCCUGGGAUUCCCUUCUCUCCAGGUGCUGAGUCCUCAGCUCCCUGUGCAGCCUGAGAACUCAAGUCACUGCCCUGGUUCUUCCCACCACGCUAUGUAAUCCGGGUGAACCCAGCCCUGGAUUCCUUUGCCCUUUACCUCUCUUAUCUCCCUUCUUUUAAAAAUACCUGUUUAUUCUAGCCCGUCUCCAAACCCAAACUGUGACAAAGCAGGGCCCAUCCUGUUUCCCCCUCAUCUAGUCCAUCCACUACUCUCACUGGCUCGCUCCCUGGUAAACACAUACAAUUAUAGUGUCAAGUCAAGAAAACGAAUGACCAGUCUUCAUUCUGGCCUAUUUGAGACAUCUCUCCUUUAAAUCCUGUCCCCUGAUUCAGGGAGAUAGUUUGGGAAAGGGGGUGGGGUGCAGCCUGGGUUCUUUUUCCUGACUAAUAAAUAUUCCGAGUGAGGAGUGUGGCCUGUUUUUCAUCCAGGUCUCUUGCUCAUCUUCCUCAGUUUC